AGUGUCUAAUGAGGAUGUAAUCUUGUAAGCCUUCAGGCACGCAGCCAGUCUACAUUCUAACAUGAAGCCUUAAACAUUUAAUCACAUUUGUAAUGACAUUAUAUUUCUUAUAGAUUUCUUUUUUGUGACCUGACUUGAACUUUUCAUCUUUUUUUCCCCUUUCCUGUGGCUACAUUCUUUCGGCUUUUCCUCUUCCCCAUAACUCACUUCUUUACUGCAUGCUCUACUCUGUCCUCCAUUUUACCUGAUUCUCAGGGCUGAUUUGAUAUCAGUGCCUCUCUUUCUGUUAUAUAACGAACAAAAACAGCUGAUGCUCGAUAUAUAAGAACACACAAGACCUCUUUUCCCCCCUCUUAAAACAAUUUCCUACUGUUUGCUUAGGGUGAUCAAUAAGCCUGAUUGACAUGAAACAACAAUGGAUCACCCUGACAGAAAUCAGUCACCGCCUCCGCUCCACUAAACACUCUUAACUGCGACACAUUAACCAGCCGUGAGCACUGAUUUGUUGGCUGCAGAAUCCAGUUGUUCUCGUUGGGCCAGUUGCAGAGGGCAGGGGUGCAGGUGAAAGGAAGAGAGGGAGGGACCCAUCUAGGUAAAGAGAAAGAGGAGGAGAAAGCUAACAGAAACCAAAGAUGACUGUGUGAAACGAAAUGGAUUCAGCCAAGCCCAGCCUUUCCUCAAAAGCACCAAAUGUAAAUAAUGGAGGGGGAAAUGAAUCACAGCUGGAAGACGGAUCUGUGCCGUGGAGAGACGGUGUGGACGGGGAGAGGCAGAGGGACAGUGAGAGCAGAGAGGCGGAUGUCAGCGAUGGGACGUCGGCAGCUGCAGAGAUAAACCAUCACCACAAGGGGUCAGCAGACAAAAACAAAUUCGGUACAGUGGGCUAUCAGCGGCGGACCAAGCAGAAAGUUGUGACUGACUUUUCAACACUGAGUAAAGGAACGUCUGCAGGAGCCAAGCCCAGAGCGGCACUGAGACAGGUCCUGUUCAGCCAGGGAGUGUCUGACAAGAACCCAGCGUCUGAGGAGCGAGGUCAGCUGGAUGUGUUAAAGCAGGAUCUGCAGGCCUACGCUGUGCCAGUCAGUCUAAAGUGGAGAUGGAAGGAGGAGAGUCUGGGAACAACACUCGAGAAGAACUGGACGGAGAUAGUUGACUCUCAUGCAACCAUGUCUAAGAUGCAGAGACACCAACAGGAGGCGCUGUGGGAGUUUGUUCACACUGAGCUCACCUACAUCAACAAGCUGAUUAUCAUCAAAGAUUUGGUUAUUGCAGCCCUUGUCAACCUUCAUCAGCAUGGAUUUCUCCAGGAGGUGACCCCUGAGCUGCUUUUCUCCAACCUCCCUUCCAUCCUCAGUGCACACCAGCUGUUCUGGCAGGAGGUGAUUUAUCCCAUGUUACAUGAUGUCCGGAGGACAGGCAAGCCCUUUGACCCCAUGAGAUUAGAGGCUGGUUGCCUGCAGUUCCAUGAGCGUUUCUCCUCCUAUAAGCAUUACUGCUGGGAGGAGGAAAACAAUCUCGAGUUCACGCGCAGGCAGAUGGAGAGCAACCCACAUUUCCUCACUUAUGUUCAGUGGGUAGAGACUCACCCUCAGUGUGAGCGGAUGCGGCUUGGGGACAUGCAGGCCAAACCUCAUCAAAGGAUCACAAAAUACUCACUGUUGCUCCAAGCUGUGCUCAAAAACACCCCAGACUCUCAGGUGCAGCAGAUACUCAGAGGCAUGUUGUCCAGUGUGAACAGUUUCUUGGAGAGUAUUAAUGACUACCUGAGGCUGAAAGAUGAGGAGCUCGCUCUCUCCAUCUCUGCUCAGAGGGUGGAGGGAUAUGAGGUGGAGGGAAUAAAUGAAGAAAUUGACAAGCACGUCAGAGAGAUCUGCCAGUUUGACCUGACGUGCCCCAUCAGAGGAGUGGGUCCUGAAGUUGUACGUAGGCUGCUGCUGGAGGAGAACUUGAAGAUUCGGGACAGAAAAGACAGCAAGCUGGAGGUGGUGGCUCUACUUUUCUCAGAUGUGCUUCUAAUGACCAAAGUCCCAAAGAAAGGAGAGCGGCUGAGAGUGGUUCGACCUCCUCUGGCCCUGGACAAAACUUCUUGCAUAGCACUGAAAGAUGGCUGUUCAUUUGUUCUCGUGGAGGUGGGUGAACUUCAGAGUACUAUGAAUGUCUACAUAUUUGCAGCCAGCUCCCCAGAGAGAUGUUCUACAUGGGUCUCCACGAUCCACCAGGCAAAGGAAACACUGAUGAACCUGAGACAGAUGGAGAGAAACAGACAACUUGAAAAUUGGAAAAUCCAGCAGGAGGCCAAACCUAUUACAGAAGCCAAGACAGAUGAUAUGGAGACAGAAGAAGAACCUCUUAUACAAUCAAGAGGAAGUUUUGUCGAUGAGCUUACUGAGGAACUUGCUAUCCCCCAGUCAAUAAAUGGGAUAUUGUCAUCCAAAGAGGCAGAGGCACAGUAUGAACCUGCAGAUGAUAUGGCCACUAACAUUACUGGACCACCUUUUUGGCAAUCCCAGCCCAAUGACAAGCCCAGCAACAGUAAUCGUAAAUCAGUUCGUAGGAGCGUUGCUGGUCGCCAACAAGCAGUGAAAGGAUAUGAAUGGAUAGAAAUGGGGGUGAGAGGAGAUCAAGAUGGACACCAUGGAGAAGAAGAAGAGAAAAUAGCUGAGUCUCCGUUGACAAAUGAGCGAUGGGUGAACUUUAAUCACAGGACACAGUCUGCCCCUAAUCUGGAUCUUUUCAUGUCUAAUACUGCUGCAGAUCCAUUUAGAUACAAUACAAUUGGGCCGCACAAUCUUUUACUAGGUGGAUUACCAGAUGUUGACUAUCCAACAGACGAAGAGAGCACUUUACAACUUCCUUACCAACCAACAAUGUCCCAGGAGAGGCCUGAGUUUCAAAGACCACCAGGAGAAGGAGGAAUAUCAACAAGGAGAAAUUCCCAGUACAUCGGGAGAAAUUCCAGCUACAGCCAGUCUGGAGACAUGGAGAUAUUUCCAGAGGCUUGGGUGAUCUCAAAAAAUUUGAAGUCGCCAGGGUUACGGAGGAGGAGGCCAGUUACCAUCCAUGAGGGCCCCUCAAGUCAGACAUCCAAGCAGGUCUUCCAGGGCUCGGGAGACACUUGGGCUGCUUCAAAUAACUCUUCCUCCAACUCUGACUCUGACUACAACAUGAACAUGAAGAGAAACUCUCUUCCCUCUGGCCAAAGCUCAGAUUCACACCGGGUGCUCAAACUGGGCUCCCUGAAGCCCAACCAAGGCAUGUUUUGGUACAUGCAUGAUAGAGUCUCCCCAGAUCCCCAAACAUUGUCUGAGCCUGAGCUGCCUGAUCUGAACUUUCAUGGCAAAAGGCCCAAAAUUAAAACUCAAAGGAGUGCUUCAAUUCCUAAUAUUGUAAUUGAGGGAGGGCAUGGACCUCGUCUGCACUCCAGUAGCUUGUAUACUUUACCCCAAGAAAGAGAUACACCUUUUCCCAUGUCAGGACAAUAUCCCAAUGGACACCCCUCACCUCUGGAAGGCCUUCUGGAAAGAGCCAAAGGGAGACAGAAGGAGCGAGAUGGAUUAAAGAGAGAACAAAACCUGAAAGUAUCCAAUUUGAGGUCAAGAUAUCCUCCUCCUUCCCCCUCAUUUUCCACCACUCCUUCACCGUCGCCCAGUGAAGGAGACAGAGACACAGAGUGGGAGGAGGUGCACCUCGUAAGACGCAGAGCCCUCACAGUGAGUAAAGGAUGGAAAGAGCAGCUGGUAGAUGGCGAUGAAGAUGAUAACAGGAACAGUGUUAUCUUUACAGAGGGUGUAAAUGUGGACUGGCCAGGCUGGUGCUUUGACGAUGAUGAAGUCAUGGACCAUUUGCACCCUGGAGGUGAAGGGCUUCUGGAGGGCAUCAGCCGAUCUUUGACCUAUUUGGAUAUUCAUGAAUUUCCAGAGCAAGAAGACGGGGAGUGUAGUCAGGUGUAGCUCUGAGGCUGCACUAUACAAACUGAAGGGCAAAACUAGACUGUCGAGAUCACAGACGAUCGUAUCAAAUAACCAAUGUGAACUUCAGAGGGACAAAUUGACAAGGACAGCAGGCUUUUUACAAAAACAGGAUGAACAGACUUUACCGGAUGUUGCAGCUCUGCAGACCGUUGAAACAGGUCUUCACUCUGAGUUUAUGAUCACUGUACAAUACUGUAAUUCAUUUUAAGUAAGCAUUUUUUUCAGAAUAAUAUGUGGUC